UUCUCAUUAUUCGUGCAAGUAAGCUGAUUGUCACCUGAACCUGAACCUCAACAUUUUUUUUUUUAAAUUUUUGCAAAAAGCAUAACAAAAAACCCUCAAAAUGAUGAAUGUUGUAAGAAAGGCGUUCGGUCUGCGACACUUUACGCAGCUGUCUGCGGCCGCGGUUCCGCUGAAGCCCGCCGGAGGGCGUGCAUUUACCCGAACAUUGUGGAACAUGAGCCGAUUCUCGUCGGACAACCAUUCCAGCACGUUCCAAAGUAAAAAGUUGCUGAAACCGAGCAUUAACUGCGCUUGCGGAUGUUCCGGAACCCUGCACAUUCACACCAAGGGCGAAAGAGAACUGGUUGAGUUUUUGGCCGAGGAAAUUAUCGCCGAAAAGAAAGCACAAAAGAAAAACGUGCUUCCAGCGGAAAUUGAUGGGUUCAAAGUUAAGCUUAACAGGGCCGACGUUGAGUUGGAGAAGAAAAAUGAAAAGGAACGAAUUGUGAUCUCGUUCAACGUAAACCACACCGUCGACGCGGACGAUGAGGCUGAGGCGGAAUCCACGGCGGACAAGCCAGAGUUCGCCGAAAUGAGAAGCAAGCCGCAAUUCGAGGUGGACAUCGUGAAGGGCUCCCAAACGCUAAGCUUCACGUGCUCAUUCUUGCAGGGCGAAGCACAGGAGGGCGAAUACAAUGACGUUUUCGGGAUUGACGAAAUAACGAUCUUCGAGGGUGAAUGGAACGACAAAGUUUAUGCAGUUGCAGGCGAUGUUUUGGAUGGGUACCUCUACGAUUUGCUGAUGAACUUGCUGGAAGAAAAAGGCAUCAGCAACGAAUUUGUACAAAAGCUGUCAGAUUUCAGUACCUGUUACGAACAUUCUUCGUACAUUGGUUUGCUGGAAGGCAUUUCCAAGUUUACUAUUGAUAAAAAAUAAGGUCUUAAGUUCAGAUGUAGCGAAUAAAUAAAACAAGAAAAUUCUUGGAAACUUGGCGACUGCCACGCUUUAUACAAAAAA